AUGUCCAACUCCGUUGGCAUACUAUCAGCGCUUCGUGGAGAUUCAUGUGCAGAUAAAAGCCUCGACCUGUCAUCCAGCCUAGCGACCGAGAAAGUAUUGGGGAUGUGGUGGUGUACUAAGACCGACUGUUUCACUUACAAAAUCAACUGGGAUCGGCUAGGACGUGAGCUGCUGGAAGGCAAUCGUUGCCCUACGAAACGUGAGGUACUCCGCACCCUGAUGACCAUCUACGACCCUCUAGGUCUCAUCGCGCAUUUCCUAAUGUUUCUCAAGGUCCUGUUACAAGAGAUCUGGCGGACCCGAGUAGGCUGGGACGAAAACAUCGACGAUAAGUGCUUCGAAAAGUGGCGAAAAUGGCUGCAUCUUCUUCCGGACGUUGAGAACGUCAGUAUUCCACGUCAUCACACCGAGAUCCAGAUGCACACUUUUGUCGACGCGAGCGAAAAUGGCACGGCAGCAGCUGUCUAUCUCCGAUUCGUGGAAGGCGAAAACAUCGAAUGCAGUCUCGUCACCGCUAAGAGUCGUGUAGCACCACUCAAGUAUCUCUCGAUUCCGAGGCUCGAACUUCAGGCGGCAGUAAUUGGAGCCAGAUUAGCUGCGUUUGUGAUGCAGGGACUAUCGAUCAAGGUUGCCCGUCGAGUUUUUUGGUCAGACUCCCGCAACGUUAUCGCCUGGAUACGUGCCGACCAUCGCAAAUACAACGCAUUCGUCGCCGCGAGAGUCAGCGAAAUCCUAGAUCUCACGAGCGUAUCGAGCUGGAAGUGGGUCCCAACGAAGUGGAACGUAGCGGACGAAGGCACGAAGUGGCAGUGUCAACCCUCUCUGACGAACGACAGCAGAUGGUUCAAAGCACCAGAAUUCCUGUGGCAAGCAGAAAAAGAAUGGCCGGAUACCCCGGAAAAACUGACGGAACCGGUGGAAGAGCUGCGAGCGUGCGUCAACGCGCACUUCCCAACGGAAAGCGAGAUCAUCCCAGUUAAAGACUUCUCAACCUGGAGACGAUUGGUCAACACAACCGCCUACGUUUUCCGAUAUCUACGCCAGCUUCGACCAAAGAAAUUCACCCGCACCAUCGAAAUCCUUUCGAGCGAGGAGAUACACCAAGCUGAAGAAUACCUUCUCCGCACCGCACAGCAAGACGUCUUCCGAACCGAGCUCAACAUUCUCCGACGCGACGACCGCAACGCAACGAUUCCCAAGCAAAGUCAGCUGUACAAGCUCAACCCGUUUAUCGAUGAAAGAGGAUUGCUGCGCAUGCACGGGAGAACUGGAGCGUGCAAGUUCCUUGCAGUGGAAAUCGCAAACCCUAUCAUCCUUCCGCGCAACCAUCCAAUAACGAAUCUUAUCGUUGAAAGCUACCACCAGAAGUUCCAUCAUCAAAACCACGAGUCAGUCAUCAACGAAGUUCGCCAGAAAUACUGCAUCAGUUGUCUACGCAGAGUAUACGCCAAGGUCAGGUCCAACUGUCAACGCUGCAAGCUGCGGGAAGCUCGUCCGCGUCCUCCAGCAAUGGCUGACCUACCAAAGUGUCGACUAGCAGCUUUCGUUCGACCGUUCACACAUACCGGCAUCGACUAUUUUGGACCGAUGGAAGUGGCUAUAGGGAGAAGGGUUGAAAAAAGGUGGGGGGUUCUGUUAACUUGUCUCACUAUUCGCGGGGUCUACCUUGAUUUAGCUAGCUCUUUAACAACAAGCUCGUGCAUAAUGGUGAUCCGCAACUUCAUUGUGCGACGAGGAACACCUUCCGUUUUCUACAGCGACAGAGGAACUAACUUCAUCGGAGCCGAUCGGGAGUUGAAGCAAGCCCUGCAAGACGUCGACCAGCACAAGAUGGCUCAGGAGUUUGUUUCGGCGACCACCACUUGGUGUUUUAAUCCACCGGCAGCUCCCCAUAUGGGGGGGAGCUGGGAACGACUCGUGCAGUCCGUCAAGCGCACCUUAGUGGAACUGCAGCUACCCCAUCGCCCGAAGGAGGAAGAACUGAGGAGUGCUCUGGUCGAGAUCGAAGACAUCAUCAACGCACGGCCGCUUACCCAUGUACCCAUCGAAGACGAGGCCGCACCAGCGCUCACACCGAACCAUUGGUUGCUGGGCAGUUCCGACGGAUUCAAACCAUGGACCGAACUGGAAGUCAACUCCAUCGCUUUGAGUCGAGGUUGGCAUCUAUCGCAGCAGAUCGCUAACCACUUCUGGAAAAGAUGGCUGCGGGAGUACCUGCCGGAGAUCACCAGGCGUUCCAAGUGGCAUCAGAACGUACCACCGAUCAAAGAGGGUGACAUCGUGGUCAUCGUCGACUCCGAGCUACCAAGGAAUUGCUGGCCCAAGGGACGAGUUAUCGGAACGGUAAACCGAGACGGGCAGGUGCGUACUGUAACAAUAAAGACGGCGAAAGGUGUCUACGAGAGACCGGCUGUAAAGGUUGCAGUGAUAGACGUGAGAGCUAAGGAGGAGUUUGCUGACUCAGAGGCGGAGUCAGCAAACUAG